AUGACUAAGAAGAAUAAUUCCUAUAACCGUACACGUAUGUCCAAUGAUCAACCAUUCUUUGAGAAAGCUCCAACAUCUGCUUGGAGAAGUGGUGCCACCAACAGCAAUUCCAAAAAGAGAUCCAAAUAUGGUAAUGGCAAAACAGUCGAUCAGAUCGUUGGCAUUGCAAAUGAAUCAAAAGCUUCAUCUUUCUCCUCUUCCAAGAAUCGUCCAGUCUCAAAGGACUCUCUUCUUCAACUCUUGGCAAUUCAAGAUCCCAAACAACCUGUGAUGGUCAAAGGUGUUAUUACAGAGAUUUAUCCUGAAGCAUUUGCCUAUGCCUUAUCUGAUCCAACGACCACCAUACGUGUGGAAAUACUUCCUGAGGAGGGUCAUGAAGAAUCAUCCUGGGUCGAUGUUGCUGAGAAUCGAUUGAAAGUUGGAACUCGUGUCCAAUUAGUGGUCCAAUGGAAAAAACCCAACCUCAUUGAUUUUGUUUGUUACCAAUCCAACGAGGAUUCUCUCAAGAUCUUGCAUCAUCCAAAGAGUGUUUAUGAAAACGAUCAAGCAUUGAUGGAUGCAAAUACAAACAUGGAAGACCCAUCUCGAUUGAUCGAGGGUUGUGGUUUAUUGAUCUACUUGAAAUCUAUAGCGAGUUUUAUUCUUAUCAAAGGAUAUCCUCAUCAUGUGGCAACUCUUUACUAUGCCUCUCGUUUUGCACAAUUAAGGGAAGAUAUUCUUGAAGAACAAACUCGCCUGUUGCCAAAACAUCUUCUCAUCGAAAUGAAGAAAAAAAUUACAAAAAAAUGGAAAAAUUCCGUAAUGGACAAGUGGAUGCGAGAUCAGGCUGAAUGUUCCCUCACCACCUUUACCAGAGAAAGACCUUCGGAAAGGAUUCUCUUUAGUGUUGCUUGUACAUCUCCUGUGUUUUCUCAUCAAACGUUGAGUGAAACGAUUAUGGAUCGUUUGGAAAGAUAUUCACCCCUUCGGGAAUUCCUCAACAAGUACCACUUAAAAGAGCUUGAGGAAGAGGUCUAUUUGUCUAGAUUUAAUGAGAGGGUUGUUGUGGGUGAAGAGGAAGAGGAAACUUCAAUUCAGGAUUAUGAAAAAGAGCUUCUCAAACCCUAUUACUGUAAGAUCAUGGUAAUUGAGGAGGAUGUUGAUGAGUCAGAGUUGCAACAAUUGAGAGAACAAAGGAGUGUGUUUCCUGUCAUGCAAGGACUUGAAAUUGUUGAAAAAAACAAGCUUGAUGAAUUUGUUGGGAGUGAUAAUUGGAUGAGAAUUGAAAAUAUUCUUUCCCUUCAUAGCCUUUAA